AUGACACUCAAGAGCAAAGCUUGCCCCGAGGGCGAAGGCGCGUCCUAUCAACAGAAUCGACAGGAUGCGGUACAAAUCGUCCCCUCCAGGGAAGCCGAUGUCAGCCACCAGAAAGAAAAGCAAGUUGCUGGAAGACAGCGCCAAGCAGAGAUCGACCCUGAUGGCCAACGUCGCCAAAAGACCAUGAAAUCACAGGACAACACGGCGGUGGUUGAUGUCCACGACGCCAACAACAUGCCAGUAAAUGUCCGGCCCAUGAACAGCAACACCUGGCAGGGUGCGAGUGUCGUAGUUGAGUCGCAUCACAGAACUGGCUGGAUCACCCGUUCGGAUCCUUCGACGGCUGGAGGACAGAAGCUUUGGCAGAUCCUUGCGGAGAUUCUAGCUAAGCGGAGCCACACGAACGAGGUCAUCGCGUACAUGGCCCCCACCAUUGACGAGUCUCGAGCCUCGUCCAAGCCCUCCGACCUCUGUGCAAUGACCGUAAAUGAACUCGAGCUCGCGAUAGGGGAAGCCAAUCUCAAAAUCAGACACAGUCGUCUUAGAGAGUCUGUUGGACAGUUGAUAAGUGAUCGAGACGAGGCGGCAGCAGACAUAGGGCGGGAGGCACCCCGUGCUGGCCCGCUGACGGGUUCCGAAGACGAACAACAUCCAGGAUGGCUGGAACUCCUCGACUUCAUGGAGCUGGGAAAAUCAAGAUUUCUCAUCUUCGAUGAGAGUCAGGAGUAUUGCUCGCUCCAGACACUCUUCCUGAGCUUCGCAAGAAUGGCCAACAUCGCAAAGAGACGGGAGAGGUUCGAGGAGUACCUCGUCGAGGCACCGCGGGAGUGGUACUGCUUUACAACGGUGUGCAAGAACGGCUACCAGAAUGAGGGCGCCAUGGCUAGCGAGAAGAACUGUGACUGUCCCCAGAACGAGAUGGCAUGCCUACAGGUUCGCAUCCGACGAGGAAGAUUGCGUGCAUUUGAUUUCCGAUUCAGGUGA